AUGCGGGGACCACGCCAGCUCUGGAUUCGGUCUUUGUCUGGGCCGAGGGCUCCUCACCCGGCUCCCAGGGAUAUUCGUCCCGACCCUAACGCACUCGCGGAUGCCUUCCUGGGGGUCGUGGAGCACGCGAUCAAUGCUACAUCCCAGCCCGACCCAGACGAUUUCCUGGAGAAGGUAGCCAAGGCGGUAGCAGUGAAGCCGCUGCAGCAUUUAGGGGACGUCGCCAGCUUGGCCAACGACAUCUCUGACAUCGACGGCGUCGGGUUUGAGGCCUAUGUCGCCUUCUGGAUCGGGUCGUCGUGUAAUAUGCUAGGGGAGGCCGUUCUUGGUCCUGAGGCGUUAAGCCUCUGGAAGGAGCGACUUCCGCCGUUGGUCUGUCUUCGUAUAAUCCAGAAACCUUGGUGGCUCGACCUGCCAGCUGUUCCCAGGCUGAGUUUGCAAUAUCGCUUCAACGGUAUUGCUGCCAAGAAGGAGCUAUUUGCUAACCCCUCAAGCCCAUUCUCGGUUGGAUGGAAGACUCGGUUCUUUGCUGUCUCGAGCCCAUCACCACAAACCUUCUCCACAUCUGCGGUGCCACCAUCGCCCAGCGAGGCUCCUGCGUGGUCUAACUUCCCUGACGACAAGAGGAGCGAUUUGAAGGCUGUCGAAAUUGCUACUCAUAGCCUGUCCUCUGAGCGCAUAUCUCAAAGUCGCCGUCGUAACGCUAUCAAAGACGCUGAGAAGGCCAUCCCGGCUUUCCAAGGUGGAGCUUUCAAGGGGUCGAAAGAUACCCGUGGUUUUUCCGGUUUUUGGCGACAAAUCCUCGGGCGGGUUCGUCGUCGCGGAUGGAUGCUCGGGGGCCCUGAGCACUUCUUUUUCCUGGCCGGCUUGCUGUCGGAGGAUGUCCUCGAGGAUGCGCUUGGUGCAGUGUCCCCCCAAACUGACAAGGAGUUCGCUGAGGCCAUUGAGGCUAUCCGACUGAAACUGAGCCGAGAGUUUGGUGGGUCUAUCGAGGUGGAGAAGCUCGUCUCACAUCCCCCGUCUCGCGGAGCUGCUGAGGAGGUCUCCCAGUUCAUUGCGAGGUUGGAUGAAUGGCAGGUGCGAUGUCGAGUCGCUGGUGCUGCUCUAGCGGAUGCUCAACUAAUACAGGCAUACAGGGUUGGUGUCCAUCUGGAGGUCGCCCGCGAGGCAAGCUAUGAGUAUCCCUCCGUGUGGAAGGACUUCAGACUACGUGCUAUAACGCGGGCCAUCCGCAUGGAAGGCGAGACGGCACAGAAUGGUCGUCCACCGUCAGCCGAGGUCUCCACCCGUCGCGAGGUCAAACCAGCCCAGAGGCAGGCCCCGAGCGAUGCCCAUCCUGGUUCUGGCACCAAGACUAUGGAUGGCCAGAAGUCGACGGCUGGCGCUACAUGCCGGGAUUUCUUGCGUGGACGCUGUUCUCGGGGUGGGAACUGUCGUUAUGCUCAUAUCGACAGGAAUGCAUGUCGUCUCUGGGCCGAGACAGGGAAAUGUCGCUUUGGAGAUCAGUGCCGCUUCCAACAUGGCUCCCGCGCUCAAAACAAAGAGGCUGGAGGAGCUUCCAAUAAGGACAAGGGGCAAUUACGUGCAGUAUCGGUAGACGUGGCUCCAGGUUAUGGCGACGAUGUAGCUAAGGAGUCUGACGAGGCACAGGAAGGAGUUAUCCAACGACUCUAUGCUCUCCCAGAGCCAGGCUCUGAUUCUGACGAGGUAUUCUCUGGCCCAACGGUUACAUUGGUGUUGUCCGACGGUUCUGCCCCGCUGAGGGGGUUGUUGGACAGCGGAGCGGCUCGGAAUUAUAUCUCUCUGCGCAAGACGUCUGCACGCGGCUGGCCGAUCGAGCCCACUACCGAGACUGCUAGGUUGGCUGAUGGUACCCGGAGGUCGCUCCAUGGGAAGGUCGAAUUGGAGGCAUCGGUCGGAAGCCGUAAGCAGAAGCUCAUUUUUUACGUCAUAGAGGAGGCAGGGCCCGGAUUGUCAGCGCCUCCUUGCAUUUUGGGAGUUCGUGCUAUGUGUCAGCUGUCCAUCUCUUUGGAGUUCUUCGAGCACAGGGGUGCCCGAUGCGUGCGGGUGAGGGUCGGCGCUGAGAAUAAGCCCACCCAGGUCGGCUCGCCGGGCAAACCUCUCACGGUCAAUGAGGCGGAUGCGCGCGGAUGCUGUGGGUCGGUGUCCAUCCUGGGUGAGGCCCUGACGGUCCUCUCCAGCAAAGCUCACGACGAAGAGGCCCUCUAUCGAGUCGUCUCUGUCGACGCGGUGGAGCAGAUUGGGGGAGAUGAAGACUUGUUCGAAGUGGCACCAGACUUCCUUCGACCGCGACACGAGCUUACCGACAAGUGGAAAGCGGUGCGGGCCGCGCCAAGUUACUCGGUCCGACUACGCAGGCUUGAGAAAGGCGAGGUUAAGGACUGUGAGGGUCAGAUCUAUGCUGUAGAAGCCACGUGGGAGAGAUGCUCUGAUGAGACGCAAGACACCGCAAGGAUCUUCGACUACUCGCUAGGAUUGCAUAGCCGACUUUCUCACCAGCAGCAGGCCAUCUUUGAGGGCGAAGUCCAAAAGUUCGUGGAUCGCGGAUGGUGGUCAGAAGGAUGCAGUGCCGCGGAUUCGGACUCUACAUUGAGCCCUCUAGCGGAGAGUAUAGCCUUCCCUGUCGUGCAAGGCCAAAAAGUCAGGCCCUGUGUCGACAUGAGGAAGACCAAUGCCACCUUGCCACGGUCUUCUUACGCAGGCAAAUCCUGCUCGGUGAUACUAGCUCAGCUAAGGGUGGCAAUAGCAUAG